CCUUUUUUUUUUUUUCCCUUCUUUUGGAUGGAGAUUCUAAUUUUUAAGGGUUAAUUACAUCAACCGUCCUUGAACUUAGGGGGUGAUUUCAUUUUCAUCCUUAAACUUCAAUUUGUUACAAUAAAAUCCCUUAACUUCAAUUUAUUUCCAUAAAAAUUCCUUGUAACCUGCAAUAGCAGGUUUACAGGUUAAAAAGAGUGAAAUUAACUUUUGCCCCUCUCUGCUAAAAAUAAAAUCACUAUUUUAUCUCUUUAUUUCUUUUAUCUUUUUCUCUCCUACCUUUACCAAAACACAAAUCGCGUUUUGAGCUCCACCAUCCCAUUUAGCAUCGCAAUCCCUUUCCCCUCUGUUUGUUUUCUUCCAGCCAAAAUCAACAAGCAUCGAUGAUGGCAAUGACCUCAACAUCCUCAAGCAGCUUUAUUUCCAACCACCUUGUAAUGUUGACAAGCAUCGGUGAUAACAACUCUUGAAAUGUCGACACUAGUGCAGAAAUUGAGUGGUGAGCAAUGGGUCUAUUUCCAACCACCUUUUCGCCGCCUCUAAGUUCUAUUCAACUCGUCACAACUUAGGGUUCCUACCAGAUUUGUAGUCCCCUGUUGCCGGAAUGACACAAAUUGACGAGAAAGGUAGAAAUGGGUUUUUCGACAAAGCGGGACUCAUACUCCUUCCUUGUUGAUCCAUGAGACACUUCUUGAUCAAAGAUUCUACAAGUUGAUUUCUGCCUUCUCCUUUCUAUUUCUUCCAUUUUUUGGGCUUUGGCGAAUGCCACUUCAAUUUAUCCAUGACACAUCCGUGUCCAUUUGUUUGUCUAAUCAUCGAAUCUCUCGCUCUAAAAGUCCCUUUGGCCACCAAACCAGCUGGUUCUGGUGUCCACCCAUCAACCUUGCCUUGUUUCUGCAAAUUACGCAUCAAGAAUUUCCCUUCCCAAACUGCCCUCAUCCCUCUUUGUUCUACUGCUAAUGACUCUUCUCCUGACACCUCCACCUUCGCCAAUGGCUUCCACCUUGAUGCUAACACCAUUCGUUGUCUCCCUGGUAAGCCAAUCACACUCCGUGUGGAAGUUUUCACUGGCCGAAUGGGAUGCACUUGUGGGGUCAACGGCGGGAAGUUACUGGGUCAGGUCCAGGUCAGUGUGGAUUUGAGGAAUGUUCAGUCCAACCCAAGAGUAUUUCAAAAUGGAUGGUUAAAGCUGGGGAACCAGCCAAAUAAACCAGCAACUCUACUUCAUUUGGUAGUCCAGGCUGAACCAGACCCACGAUUUGUUUUUCAGUUUGGUGGUGAACCUGAGUGUAGCCUAGUGGUUUUUCAGAUACAAGGGAAUAUACGUCAACCCUUUUUCAGUUGCAAGUUCUAUGCAGACCGGAACUCAAGAACUCGAUAAUUUAAUUUCUUUAUCUUUUUGUUAUUUGGUACAUUUUAGUGGGUAUAAAAAGUGGAGUGCUAACAUGCGCUUAUGAUGGCAGGGUAAUGAUAAUUUGAUUAAUUAAUGAAUAAAGUGAAUAAAGGUUUGUCUCAACCAAUCUUGGUUUAUGGUGGAGAGGGUAAAAGGGUAAUUUUAUUAUUUUUUACCUGUAAACCUGCUAUUACAGGUUACAAGGAUUUUUUAUGAAAAUAAAUUGAAGUUAAGGGAUUUUAUUGUAACAAAUUAAAGUUUAGGGAUGAAAAUGAAACUACCCUCUAAGUUAAGGGACGGUUGGUACAAUUAACCCAAUUUUUAAUCUUGAACAAGUUUUCCACCUUUUUAUACAUGUUUACCUAGAAGGUUGUGUUCUUUAUUUCGCCAUGUAAGUUGCAAAUAUGUCUCUUUUUGUUGACCAGUAUGAUGUGUUAAAGAAUGAAACAAGAUGUACAGAGAAUAACUGGAUCAACUAACUUCACUGGUAUAUAUAAUAAACUCACAUUAAAAUGUACUGUCAACCUCAGUUUUAGAGAAGUCCAAAAGAUCCUGUAUUGACUGGAUUGAAAUGGGAUUUUUGCAUAGCUAUAAAUGAUUGAAUUAAACAUUGUUACAUUUUUAAAAUCACAGUUAUCUCAUCAUUAAUUGAUUGAUGGGGACAUUAAGUUUUACGCAUUCCCUCAUUGAGUAGGACAUAACAUCCAAAAGAAAAAAGAAGUGGAGGAAGAAGACCUGGUGCAGGGCUGGUGGCUAUCUCUUUCUCUCUCUGUCUUCUUCUUCUUUUUCCUCUCUCUCACUGUUUGUUACCCUAGUGUGCUUGCUCUUAAGGUUUAUUUGAUUUAUCACCAUUCACUACUAGACCUUUAUGAAAAAGGAUCUGCUUGCCAUUUAUAUACUGAUUUAAAGAUAAAUUCAUAAGUUUUUACCAUUUAGUUUAAAAUUUAAGCUUGAUAAUCAAUUUUAAAUACUGUUACUGUAACACAAAAAAUAUUCUUAAUUUAGGAUUUGUGUUUAAAAUGUCAAUUAUGAUUAGAAAACUAUAAUUUCUCUCAAAAAUCUUGUUUUUUUGUGUGUUUGUAGUUAAAUAUUACUACGAAGUUUAAUCACUUUCCUUACUGUUAAAAAAAUUCAGAAUAGAGCCAACCAAUACUGCUAUACCCACCCUUUGGCUGAUGUGGCCGCAUAAUAUGAUGCCAGACCAAUACAUAAACUGUUAUUUAAAACCCUAUUGUCAACCUUUUGGUGUUGAACCAUAAACUAAAGUUAAAAAUGCUGGACUGUUUUCUUUUCCUUUUUUAAGAUUGACACUAGCAUGAGUGGAGGAGAUUUAAUACACCCAUUUGAGAUCGUUCAUGGACCCCCAUUGACCCUGUUCCUCUUCCACCCGAUAUUCAUUUUUCAGAACUUGCUAAAUCUUUUGCCAAACAAAUUCAUGAUUUACAGGCUGAGAUUAGGCAGAAGAUUAUUUUAUGUAAUGAAAAUUAUGAACUUGAUAUUGAUGUGCAUUGUAGAAAUAGAGAAUUCAAUAUAGGUGACUAUGUUGUGGUUCAUGUACUUGCUAAGAUACCCUAAAAAUUCCUUAAAGAAAUUGCAUUCUUGAGCCAUUGGCCCAUUAAUGCAGAAUAGGAAGAUGAUAUCCCAAAUACAAUUUAGGAAUUAUAUUCCAUGUAAAAUUAGGAAAUUUAAGAUUUUUAUUCAUUAGGAAUUUUAUUCUAAUUAGGUCUAUUAUUUAGGAAUUUUAUUAUUUCCUAGUUUAUUUUAGUUUAAUUUGGUAUUCCUAAUUAGAAUUGAAUUAGAGCUUUAAAAUCCUAAUGUAACUGGGAUUCCUAAUUCUAUAAAUAAAACUUAAGGUUUCUGUUGUUAUUAGAUAAGUUUUAUUAUGACAAUUUCUAUGAGAUCAAUAAUAUCUUGACAAUUAGUUUUCUUUUUCAAGGAUUGGUCAUUGAUUUCUCUUCUCCUGGUUCUUUAUUUUUCUUUGUUUGUUCGACAUCAAUUUUGGUAUCAGAUGCCAACUUCAAUCUAAAGCUUCCGCAAACAUUCAAACCUUCUAUUGGCACCUUCUCCACCUCAAAAUUCCUUAGUUAUUGUUUAAACCAAAAAAAAAAUUACUACACCAAAAAUAGUGUCGCUGAAAGAAACCAAGCAGUACCAAUCAACAAACCAAGCAGUACUGUUAUGGAAAGUCAAUCACUAUAUUAUUUCUCUGUAUAUUCUGUAUUUUUAUUUAGGAUUUCUUAUUUAGGAUUUUUUCCUAAUUAGUAGAACACAAUUAUAGGAAUCAAUUGUAUAUAUAUACCCAUGUACAAUUAGCAUCUAAAGCCUCUAUUUCCUC